UUCAAUCUCACCCACCCACAUACAGUCUCUCAAGCUUUUCUCAACAUGUUGCGUUUUCCUGCUACUUCAUUUCUUCUUCUCCUCCUAGUUCUUCUACUAGCCUUCGUCUCUUCAACUACCAAAUCACAGUCUGUGGUAUCUAAUUCAGGAACAUCAAAUCAAUCAGCUUUCUGGAAUUCAUCAUCUAUUUCUUCUUUAUCACCCAUACAAGAAGAAGCAAACAACCCUCCAUCGUUCUCAAACUACAUCUUAGCUAUUCAAUUCAGCAGGUCUUUAUGUAAUAAUCCACCGUUUAAAACUUGUGACCCAAAAUGGAAUGUUGAUUUACCCAAAAAAUUUACAAUUCACGGUUUAUGGCCUACUGAUUUUGCAAGCGGAAGAAAACCUCCAUUUCCAGGCAACCGCUUUAGUUUCAUAGAGCUAAUCAAACCUCCAAAAGGACCAAAAUUACUACAAAACUUGUACCAGGAAUGGAUAGAUGCCUAUUUUGUGUUCAAAUCCAAAGGUCCAACCAAAGAUGUUCAAAGGAAGCAAGCAGCCGAGGAUUUUUGGGAGUAUGAGUGGAAAGAACAUGGUGACCUUUCAGGUUUAUCGGUCCAGGAUUUCUUUAGCACAGCCUUUACCUUGUGUAGUAAUCUUGGGGAUGUCUAUGGCAAUUUUAAAGCACAAGGACUAAUUGAAGUUGAUGGUAAUAUUGAUGUCGCCAAGGCCAGCCAGAUGCUAACAGGAGUUCUCAAAGUCAAGCCAUUUCUAAAAUGUGUUUUUGAUAAAAGCAACAAAGAACAUCUAUUUGAGAUCGAGAUUAAGUACGACAGAGCAACGUUGACACCAGUGCCUCAUCCCCUGUAUUCCAACUGCAGCGGAAUCAAGGUUGGUCUUGGCUCUUAAGGCUUAGGUAGGGUGUUCUACGGUACCAGCUAGUAUAUGCAGCAAAGAUGUACUCAUUUUGCUGCAAUUGGGUAUAUAUAUAAAAUGAUAAAUAACGAAAAAUGAGUGGGAUUUUAUUUGUUUUUUUAGUAUUACUUUAAUUUUUAUUAUACUAGUACACUACAAAAAAAUUGGUGUAUUGCAACAUGUCCUGUGUGUGGCAAGAACCCGUAUUUCAAGCGGUAAAAGGCUUUUGCCGCAUCAAAAUCUUUUGCCACACCGUGUGGCAACAAAAUGUGUGACAAAGAGUUAUUGCCACACCUUUUGUAUUGUGUAGCAAAAAAUGGGUUUUUAGCCACAUCAACGGGUGAGGCAAUAAUAUGAGGCAAGAAGGUAUUUUAUUUAUUUAAUAUAAUUUAUUUGUUUUUUAUUUUUA